GUGGCCACUGCGAAGAUAUUUGACCUACUUCUGGAGGCUGGGAAGGAGAAGUGAAGCUCAGUGUUCGCGGCGCAGCGCAGGAGGAGCAUCAGCUUUUUGGAGCCCCGCGCAAAGCAAGAUCAAGAGGAUUAGUUCAUGAUAACAAGAGUCCAUAACAAACAAGUCGUAGAUAAGGGGACAGGCACGACCCUCCCGUGGGCAGUACCUACCGAAAAUUUUCAACGUGACACUUGUUUAUCUACACGGGAUUGUCAAGGAGCACCUUUCAUUCCUCGGAUUCGGUGCACGGACAGUGCGUAAAAGUUUGGGAAGGAAACGCAGCAGCUCGUCAAACUCCGCUACGAAACUUUUUGAGACGCUGAUGGGACGAUGGCUUCUACAUCGACUCCAUCAAAAUCAGGACCAAGUACGGAGCCCGACUCCGAGCUCUCGCGUCUGGGAGGCAUCGAGGACCUGCGGUUGAAGGUGGGCCCGGUGCGGAGGAACCUCUUCGGGCCCGUCGACCACAAGCAGCUGCAGCAGGACUUCCAGCGGCUGCUCUGCAUGAGCGUGGAGGUGGCCAACAAGCGCUGGAACUUCGACUUCCAGGGCGACGUGCCGGGCGAGGGCUCCAGCAUCGAGUGGGAGGAGCUCAGGUGCCAGGACGUGCCGGCGUUCUACCGCAGCUGCAUGGUGCGGCCGGCGGCGCAGGCCAGGGCGGCGACGUGCGCGAGGCGGAUGUCGUCCUCGUCGGGCGAGGGCUCGCCCGUGUCCAGCAGCUCCUCGGGGUCCGGGUCUGGGGAUGAGUACCUGGAAGUGACCACAAGGGGGUACUACAGGCUCCGGUUGGGGAAGCGAAGGCAGUCCGCCAUCACAGAUUUCUUCAAGUUGAAGAAGAAGAAGCUUCUGAAUCACAAGUCAUCUUCUCGGCAGUAGAGAAGCACAACGGGCCCCCGGUGGAAGAUCACUAAGUGGUCGACACAUCCCUCUACACGUCACCUCACAUAGAUCAUGUGUACAUAUGUAGCAAUUUGUUAAUGACUGUCCACAAGCUCACACAUACACGGGCUUCAAAAAAAAAAAACUUCUGACACCACAUACCUUUAAUAUUCAGCACAAGGAAGCUACCAUUCUCCUCGUUUCUCAGACUCUAGACACGGUUUUUGUGGAUAAAUAUUAUAUAUACUGUAUAUUCUAUAUACUGUUUUAACUCAGCUUUUUUUUUUCUUUUCUUUUCUUUUGCCUAACUAUACUGUGAAAUCAUUUUUGAAUGCACUCUUUCAGGAUAAAGAAAACCGGCUCUAGUUUUGAGAGGUUAAUUCCCCUCCAACAGGCCAUGAAUAGUAUUUGACCUCAGUCCUUGACCUUUUUACCCUCCCUUCUCGCUACAAGUCAUAAGAGGUUUUGAUUAGAUGAGUUACUAUUCCUGUCCCACGUUCCACACGCAAGCCUUUAGUCUCACCCCACGGCCCCGAAAGCUCAAGUUGAGCCUCGGGGUCAAAACCUCGCCCGGGGUUUAAAAUUUGGCAGCGCGACUGUGAUUACCUCCAGGUUAAAGGUCAGUGGUGGAGGUUCAGCUCCAGAGGUAAUGCAUCCGUACUUGUGUGAUAGGGACUUCAAAUCUGAGUAAUAAUAAUAAUAAUAAUAAUAAUAAUAAUAGUGUUUUAUAUCACAUAUUUAUUUCAAAUUUAACAAAUAGAAAAGCAAUGUGAGAAACGAGGUAAAAUAAGUCGUGCCAUUGCCCCUAAAUGUGCCUUAGACUACAAGUCAUAAUGGCUCAUACUCAAGCCACCACUUCAAAAAUAUUCGUAACAACGUAGCAAAAAAUUCCAAACUAUAUUCCUUUUUGCUUUGUAUUAUUUGCAUAAUGGGGUUAUGAAAUUCUUCUUUUUGGCAACAGACCUAAACGUACCUUAUAUGGUGGUAUGUCUUUUAUCAGCUUUGUGCUUUUAAUUAUGUAGCAUUUUCCACUCAUCUUCUUCAUGUGAAGCCCACCUCCUAGGUUUACUCCAUGAAGGGAAUGAAGUGUUUUUUUUUGUUUGUUUGUUUUUUUAUCACUGUGUUGCAGCUCGGAGGAAUCAAAAUUUCCCGAUUCCGCCCCUUGAUCCUUGUUUUAUAUGAAGAGUCUAGCUGUGUCACAUUUUCUGUCGCCGUGCAGGUUUUCGAUAAGUGUUGGCAUUGUGUAUACAUAUAUGCAUUGACGUGUGGGUGUGAAUGUGUUGGUGUGGUGUGCAGUGGUGUGUGAAGUCAUGAGGUUUUUCACAGUUAUUUAAAGUUGGCAGCUGAGGCAUUAAACUAGGAACUUUUUUUUUUUUUUUUUUUUUUACACGUUACUAAAUGUUUGAUCAGUUAAGGAUCGCAGGGGAUUUUCAAGUCAGCCAAGAUCCUAAAAGAAAUACUUGCAUUAUUUUUUAAAGACAAGUUAGGCAGCUUUUGUUUUUUUAAUGUUGCUAAAUGUUUGACUAAUUAGUUAUGGAUCACAGGAGAUUUUCAAGUCAGCCAAGAUCCUAAAAAAAACAUUUUUUUAAAGACAAGUUAAGCAGUCUUAGGUGUUCCGCAUGGAAGGCGAUUAGGGCCACUACACCUUUUUUUUUUCCGUCAGAAUUCAGAUUUUUUUUCCACAGAAUUUAAACUUAUUUAUAUGAAUUCUAACUUUAAGUCAGAAUUUAAACUGAAAGCUGGCAUUUUUCCCUACAAUUAAUAUUUUUUCCAAAAUCCAGACUUUAAUCCUUUUCUUGUAUUAGAUUUUUUCCUCUUAAGGAAACUUUUUUUUUAACCAGAUUGAGGAUAUUUUCUCACUAAUUGACGACUUUCUUUCCCCCAGAAUUAGACAAAAGUAAAUUUAGAGUUUCUUAGAUUUUUCUCCAGAAUAUUCUCAAUGGUGGCGUUAACCCACUUCUGUAGGGACAUAACUGCUCAAGUUGUUAAUUAAUUCUUAAUUCCCCAAUUCCAAUUUGUGUGUGGAUAAAAAGCCAUAACUUGGAUUCAUCCGCUCUUACUACCUCAUCAAACGAUUCAGUGGCACAGAUACAAGAAAAACUGAAGAAAAAAAAAAUCAAUUUAGCUCAGGUUGUUUGUGUCUGCAGACACGAAAGAGAGACAGGGGGGGGGGGCUGUUAUUCUGUUGUGGUCAAAGCUGUUGAGGUUCAGAGCUCCGUGUAGAGUUUCACAUCAGGUGAAAGAGUCAGUGUGUCAGAGAGCGGGGCCCUCCUCCGCACAGAGGAAACUGGUCCCACAAGGGGGGUGGGUGGGACAGGCAGACAGCUUUUGUUGUCGCUCCCUCUUUCCCUGCCUCACUUUGCUUUGACAGCUUUCCCAGAAUAGACAGAGCAGAGGACUAGCGGUGGGGGGAAGGAUGAGGAAAAAGGGACAAACUUUAAUAGAAAAUGUCUCAGACCCCUUCUGGAUCAAAGGAUUUCUCUAGCCAGACAAGUGGCCUGUGAUUCAGACACGCUUUAUUGUCUGCCCCCUUAAAAGUCGCGCUUUUAUGAACCAGCUGCCUCUGUGAAAAAUCUGCAUGAAAGCAGUUGUUCAUAAACAUUUUGGGGUUUUCAUAACUCUGCAUGGCUAAAACUCACGGAUGUAAAAAAUUGCAGACAUGGCUAUUUUGAGUCGAUUUAAACUCUUCAGGAUAUCUGUGUGUGUGUGUGUAUGUGUGUGUGUGUGAUAGCGUUUGUGUGCAUCUAUCUUGUCGAGGCAAAACCUUCAAAGUCUAUAUUAAGUUAUUUUCAGUUUGUGUUUGUGGGGAAAUAAUUAGAAGUUCCCUUUUUUUGCUAUAACUAACUAAUUGUGUUAUUUCUGAAACUAUAUCUUUGCACUACUUAAAACAUUGUCGACAAAAGAACUAUUUUUUUAAGGCAAUCUUACAAAAAAAACAUACAAGUUCUCAUUGAGAAACUGAGACAGAGGUUCGAAUAAAUAUUUUUUUUUCCUCCCAUCAGACUUGUCACUGUUGUGAUUUGGAUUUCUAACGUUUCUUCUUUUUGUAGCUUUGUUAGACUUCCUCGUGUCUUUUGUGAGGAAAAAUAAAAAAAAACAAAAAAAAAAAACAGGAAAAACUCAAAUGUAAAACAUCAAUCAGUCUGUGUCUCACUGUGCUCGAGCAAACUUUGCUUUCCUAAUUCACCUGUCGCAGCUGUAUAAAAGUGUAGGGUUUUUACUACAUUGUAUAUGCAUGAAUGUUUGUAAUAAUUUUGUUGUAAUUUAAUGUAUCCUUUCAACAUGUAAGAAGUGUAAUUGUAUGAGAUCAGAAUCAUCCAUUUUGUUUUUGGACGGUAAUGUUUUUAUAGAAAAUGUUAAGAGAUUCCAUUGCUGGGUUGCUGGUACACUGUUGCCUUUCAUAAUGUGCUCAAAUGAAUAAAACGUCAAUGAAUGAUAUUGAUAUAAACCCUAAA